AUAGAUUCAAGGGAGAAAGAUAGAGGAAGGAGGACAUGGAUGGUGAAAUUGAGAGGUUCAUCAAGCUAGAUUCAAGGGAGAGGAGAUGGAUGGUGAGAUUGAAAGCUUCAUCAAGGUAUGGAUUACAGUAAUAACAUGUCUAUGUUAUUGUUAUUACAUAGCUUCUAAAAUACCAAAAGGCUUAUUAAGGCUUCUCUCCAUCCUCCCUGUUCUCUACCUCUUCUUCAUUCUUCCCUUGAAACUCUCGUCAUCUCACCUAUGUGGCCUCACAUCCUUCUUCCUUGUUUGGCUUGGCACUUUCAAGCUCCUCCUUUUUUCCUUCAACCAGGGCCCUCUUGUUUUAUCACAACCAAACAUUGUCCAUUUCAUCUCCAUAGCUUCCCUUCCCAUCAACCUCAAACAAGAAGACCCACCAACCCAAAAAGCUACCACCACAAACUUAGAGAAACCAAAAUGGCUUUUGCUUCUAAAAGUGCUUAUUUUGGCCAUGAUCGUACGUGUUCAUGACUACAAAGAAAAUCUGCACCCGCUUUUCAUCAUAGUCCUCUAUUGCUGCCACAUGUACCUUGGCACUGAACUAGUGUUAGUCCUUAUUGCUUCCCCGGUUCGAACCGUUUUCGGCUUUGAGAUUGAACCGCAAUUUAACGAACCAUACCUUUCCACCUCCCUUCAAGACUUCUGGGGCCGUAGAUGGAACCUUGCAGUUACCCGUAUUCUACACCCCACUGUAUACAGUCCCAUACGCCGUAUGUCUACACGUUUUGUGGGUCCCUUAUGUGCCACAUCAGCUGCCGUGUUGACCGCGUUCCUUGUAUCCGGGCUCAUGCAUGAGUUGAUGUAUUAUUACAUUACACGUGUGCCUCCCACGUGGGAAGUAAUGUGUUUUUUUGUGCUUCAUGGUGUAUGCACGGUGGCCGAGGUGGCGGUGAAGCGGGUAAUGCUCCACCGUGGGUGGCAGCUUCACCGAGCUGUGUCAGGGCCCCUUGUGAUGGCGUUCGUGGCGGUCACCGGGAUGUGGCUGUUUUUUCCUCAGCUGUUGAGGAAUGGUGUGGAUAGGAAAGCCAUUGGAGAAUAUGCAAUUUUGAUCCAUUUUGUUAAGUCUACGUUACCAUUAUCUUUGUUGGACUCUUCAAAGUGAACAUUAUAUAGCCUGCAAUUAUUCAGUUUUUUUUUUUUGGGUAAUUUGUUCCAAUAGUUUAAAUUAUAACGAGGCAUGUUGUUCUU